AAGACAUUAGUCAAAAAACUAAAGAAAUCUGAAUAAAAUGUGGAUGUCAGUUAAUAAUAAUGUAUCAUAUUAGUCCAGUAAUUGUAACAAAUAUACCACAAUAAUGAAAGCCAUUAGUUAUAGGGAAAAUGGAGGGGUUAAUAUGGGUGGCUGGCUUUUGCUAUUUCUAGCAGCUCCAUUUUAUCUACAAAAGACAAACAUUCAUUAAGUCCCAAAAAGGUAAAGAAUGACAAAUUAAGCAUGUAUCUUAUUAAUAAGAGUAAUAUAAAGAUGUUCACUCAUAUUUAUAAAUAUUUGACAAUCAUGUUAAGGUCAGAAAAGAUAAAAAAGGGUAGGGGCAAAAAACGCAAAGAUAAAGGAGUUAAUAUCUUUUCUCCUGCAGUCAUUAGCUUAUUAAAAGAGGAUGUUUGUUUAAAGCUGCUCAGAGCUGGUAAACUAAUGUUAAGUCACUAACAGGAAUUUAAAAGGUUUCAUUAAGAACUGCCUGCACUAGAUUCCUCCACCCUGAGACAUUAAACAAUCACGAUAAACCUCCUGAGUGGUAAGAAAUUGUCCAUUUAAAAAUAGGCUAUAGAUUGUAUUAUGCAGUUUUAUCUACUAAUCGGCUAAUACCCCGCCAAAAACAAACAAAAAAACCCCAAAGGGAUAUAAGUUUCGUCCAACAAAGGAAACAACAGUCACCUUGGUUCCCAUCCCACUCAUAUACUGCCGCCGUACAUGUAAAUCAGAUGAACCUGUGCGUAUCUCUUAACGACAAGUGACCCACCUUUUUAACUGAAGUGAAAGGGGGUUCUGCUCCGCGACUUCUUCCUGGAUCUCUCCCUCCACCCUCUGGGUUCUUUCGGGUGCACCACAGGGUCAAAGCCGCAGCAACGCCGUCUCUGUGUGAUCGCAUGUGCCAUUCUGCAGCACGACCUUCCCCCGAGAGUGACCAGCUACCGGACAGGCACCAAGGAGGGGUACAGAGCACCUCCCGGACCGGCGGCUGCAGGAUCGCGAGCGCCUCGCUAGGGAGACCGCACGUUGCGCCUGUGCUUCCUCCAGUGGCGCCUUCUGCAAGGAGACCUCGACCCUGCUCCCUCUCCGGGGCUGGAUCUGACUCCUUGACGGUGAUUCCAGACGCGAGACCCAAACUGACGGCUUCUAGAAGAGGGGCAAGCCCGGUCACAAGUCGUUCACGUAGCUAAGAUAUCGUUGCUGCCGGCUUCUUACCGUCCUCCCCUUUGUAAACGGUCACCUCCCGAAAACUCAGGCUCUCCUCCAACAGUGGUUCUCAAGCGAGGCGAUCUUCCCCGGGAGGGGAUAUUUGGCAAAGUCUGGGGGCAUUUUUGGUUCACUGGGGCUGCUACUUGCAUCCACUGGGUAGAGGCGGGGGAUGCAACUACACAUCAUCCUACGAAGCACGGGACAGCACCCUCCCCAACCCAGACAGAAUUAGCCCGCCCAAAACCUCAGUAGUGCCCAGGCUGAGAAACCCUGCCUUAAACAAACAGCAAAGAAAGGCCAAGUCCCAUAAGUGGGUCACCGCGCCGAGACUGGGGUCCACGGGACCCCUCAGCCACGCCAAGCCUGGAAGUCCCCGCCUCCUGGAGCUGAACCCGCCCCUCUCCCAGAGGUGGAGCUGCGGGGGGCGGGAACAGGCACGGAGAAAAUAAACAAGACUAUAAAGUCCUGAGUAGCGCUGUGUGGCUGCAAACCUGAACCCACCUUUUGCACGGGACCCGGCCCUCUUCCUGCCACCCACACCUGAGAGGGCUAAGCGGCCGACCCCAGUACUAGAAAACACUCGUCACCUCACUCAAGACGGGUACAAAGGCCAACGGACCCCUUCCUUUAGAAAGCUCAGCACACAGAGCAACUUCUCACGCCUACUCUCAAAGGGCGUACUCCAAGCUGGCACUUCCGACGUCCAGCUGUGAACCCAGAACUGCGGAAAGCCCCUUCGCCGAGCGCCCGGGCACACGCAGACGCGUUGGCGUGGUGGGCGUGGCUCCCUCCGUACCCCCCCCGCGCUCCGCCCUCCGCCCAGUGUCCGCAUGCGCGGCUGAGCCGCGGGGGUGGUACUGCUGCAUCCGGGUGUCUGGAGGCCGGGGCCGUUUUGUUUUCUUGGCUGAAACCGGAGGAGUGAGGCGGGCAGGCGCGGCGCGACACCGGGCUCCGGAACCACUGCACGGCGGGGCUGGACUGACCUGAAAAAAAUGUCUGGAUUUCUAGAGGGCUUGAGAUGCUCAGAAUGCAUUGACUGGGGGGAAAAGCGCAAUACUAUUGCUUCCAUUGCUGCUGGUGUACUAUUUUUUACAGGCUGGUGGAUUAUCAUAGAUGCAGCUGUUAUUUAUCCCACCAUGAAAGAUUUCAACCACUCGUACCAUGCCUGUGGUGUUAUAGCAACCAUAGCCUUCCUAAUGAUUAAUGCAGUAUCGAAUGGACAAGUCCGAGGUGAUAGUUACAGUGAAGGUUGUCUGGGCCAAACAGGUGCUCGCAUUUGGCUUUUCAUUGGUUUCAUGUUGGCCUUUGGAUCUCUGAUUGCAUCUAUGUGGAUUCUUUUUGGAGGUUAUGUUGCUAAAGAAAAAGACAUAGUAUACCCUGGAAUUGCUGUAUUUUUCCAGAAUGCCUUCAUCUUUUUUGGAGGGCUGGUUUUUAAGUUUGGCCGCACUGAAGACUUAUGGCAGUGAACACAUCUGAUUUCCCACAGCACAACAGCCCUGCAUGGGUUUGUUUGUUUUUUUUACUGCUCACUCCCAACCUUUUGUAAUGCCGUUUUCUAAACUUAUUUCUGAGUGUAGUCUCAGCUUAAAGUUGUGUAAUACUAAAAUCACGAGAACACCCUAUUUAAACAACAACCAAAAAUCUAUUGUGGUAUGCACUUGAUUAACUUAUAAAAUGUUAAAGGAAACUUUCACAUGAAUAAUUUUUGUCAAAUUUUAUCAUGGUAUAAUUUGUAAAAAUAAAAAGAAAUUACAAAAGAAAUUAUGGAUUUGUCAAUAUAAGUAUUUGUCAUAUCUGAGGUCCAAAACCACAAUGAAAGUGCUCUCAAGAUUGAAUGUGUUUAUUCAAAUGUGGUCUCUUCUGUGUCAAAUGUUAAAUGAAAUAUAAACAUUUUUUAGUUUUUAAAAUAUUUCAUGGUCAAAGUUCUUCCUCACUAUAAUUGGUAUUUACUUUUACCAAAAAUUCUGUGAACAUGUAAUGUAACUGGCUUUUGAGGGUCUCCCAAGGGGUGAGUGGACGUGUUGGAAGAGAGAAGCACCAUGGUCCAGGCACCAGUCUCCCUGUGUCCCUUCCGUGUGAAGCUCUUCCGCUGUGCCUCUCAUUCCAAGGGCAGGAGGAUGUGACUCAGCCAUGACACGUGGUUCUGGUGGGACGCACAGUCACUCCACACCCACCAUUGAAGGAAAGAGGAAAAAAGGGUGCAGAGACUUGACACUCCAGUCUUACACAGGGGACAAUUUCCUUGUAGUUGUUCUGAUAGUAAACUGGGUUCCAUGUUUCAUUUCAUCUGUGUACUGAACCACUAGCCUAAUAGACCAGCACGGUCAACUAGAAUGACAGACAUUAGCUACUGGGAACUCUCGUUGUCUCUUCCUCUUCAGAACUCUUGUCCCCGCAGGCUCCCCACCUCUGCAAGAUGGGAUACACUCUUCAGGACCACAGUUUGAAAUGUCUUUCAUAAAAUGUGCUACAGUUAGCCUUCGGAAUAUUUGCUGGGUGAUUUAAAUAUGUGGGUCUCAUUUCCAUGCUAGCCAUCGUCAUCUGACAGUCUCUAUGCUGUGAAUAUUGCCUGGUGAUCAAGACUCUUCUCAAAGAAAUGACUUGCUGUCAUCCCACAUGAACUCCUGAUGUUUUUUCUACAAAGGUCCAUAAAAUGUGAAAACUGGAGAAGAUCUUAGAGGUUGAAGUCCACCUUCUCUUUUCACAUAGGAGGGAACAGACCAUGGAAAUUUAAAUGACUUCCUCACGGUCACAGAACUAGUUUUUUAAUCCUCAGGCAGUGCAUCCCCCCACCCUACAACUGAGCACAACCUCUUACAGUGCAAUUCAUAAUAUGCUCAGGGAAUGCCAGCCACCUUGUGAAACUGCUGGGAUAAAAGCAUGAUUCCCACAAGGACUCAGUGUCAGUGAUUCGUAAUUUUCCUGUUUUGUAUUAUCUGCUUUGCUGAUGUAGAUAAGAGUUAACUGGGUAGCAUGCUUUAUUAAGCAUGAGAAAGAAUCUUAAGAAUUGUCAAUAAAAUUAACCCAAAAUUUUAAUAAUGUGUCUGUAACCAAGAAAAUAUUGAUAGCAUCAUCCUAAUGAAACUAAACAUUUAUUUUAAACUUAUUAAAUUGACUCAAACUAA